AUGCCUUCGAGCUCCCACGGGCCCACUGCCUUCACACAAGUCCUACCCGGAUCGCCCUCUCCUUCUCUACAGUCAUUCACGACCUUCACCUUCCGCUUCAAGCGCUAUGUCGCCUAUAUCUCCGGCUCGCAGCUCAACGUGCUGUCAUCGCCCACGAACCUCAAUCAUGCGAUAUCCUUCGAUCAUCAACUACUAGCUGUGGAAGCGGACGGCAAGACUGGGAAGCUUGCGGUAGCUGGCAAAAGUCAUGUUUGGGUACUGGAGCCUGUGGCAGAAGGCUGGGACAAAGUCUGGUGGGACAAAACGCUCUACCUUGUAAGACCGGAUGCGGAAGAUAAGGCGCUCUGCGUGAGCUGGGGCAAUGAGGGUGAGGUGCUCGUAGGAGGCAGCAAAGCGCUGUCUCUUUUCUCUACGCUGGUGUCCUCUCGGACCGCCUCGCCGGUCGGGAUUGUAGACGAAACAGCAGAGCAGCGAGCUCCGUUGUGGUCGAAAGCUGUAGCAUCACCUAUCUGCCAGGCAGCCUUCAGUCCAAGCUCGUCGAUAAUCGCUACUUGCGCGCGCUGCGACAGACUGGUCAAAAUCUGGCGGCGGCUAUCAUUUGAAGAAGGACUGUUCGACCACACAUAUCUUCCACACGGUGGGACAGUAACCCAUUUCCAAUGGCGUCCGCUUAACGCCAAUGCAGAGGAAAGACGAGGGAGUGGUAUCAGCGGCAGACACGAUGAUGGACCGGAAGUUCUGUAUACCAUUGCUACGGACGCUGUACUGCGGGUAUGGCGCACUGGAGGGUCCCACGACCUGGAUAUUCUGGUUCUACACACAACGAUAGAUCUGGUCGCCGCAAUACCAAACUCACCGACCUUGACCAGUCGCGGCUUUGACGAUGAUAGACCCAAGCCUGCGAGGUACGCGGUCAUGAUCCCGUCGGACGAUUUCACUACUGCCGUCAACGCAGCCAUCGGUGUGCCUCAGCAAGGGAAGGUGAACCAUUCUAAAGAGCUUUUGAAAGAGAUGAUAUCGCACGAGGCGGAUGUGGUUGUGACUUUCGACGGACAAGGAAGGAUGUCAGCAUGGGGACUAGAGAGCAUCGGCCACAGACGUAGGUCCGAGACACCGAUUACGCCACAAGCAUUCCACAUUGCCCACUCUGAACAACUUCAAAUGACGCUCCCGGGUGGUAGUCCUGCUACGUGUGGCACUUGGUUCCAGGACGAUGAGAUCCAUCUGCUGACGCACAGUCUGGUAUCAAAUGGAGAAAUUACAUGGUGGAAAGGCAAGGUUGAAGACUUCUUCUCUUCGUCCGCCUCUGGCCACGAUAGACUGUCACCCGGAGGCGUCUGGUCGGGUCACAACAACGCGAUAGCGGAUGUCCGGUCAUCUCCAACCGGCAUCAUAUCAUGGUCGUCCGGCGACAUCUCAAUGUGGAAUGAAGAUAGAGAUUUGCCGCUCCGCUGGGAACAGUCGGUCACAACAACUUCGGAUGUCCGGACUGUGGCUGUUCUCGCCUCAAAGGGUCUGCUACUCGUGGUCACCGCAUCCGAGUUUCUCGCGCAUGCACCGAGCGGUGAAUUAGUCGCGAAGACAGCCUGCACGAUGGAGCGAAAGGGAAGAGUACAUGUCAGCGUAAGCACUGAUGAUCGCAGCGAAGGCGUCUUCGUCCAGGACGACGGUCAACAGGUCAUUCGGUGGAAGAUCGUCUCGCAAGAUGCGCAGUCACUGCUAAACGCGGCUAUAAGCAUUGAUACUAUCUCAACCUCGGGGCGACAUGGCUGGUCCGACGUCCUGUUCGCAGUGCCAGUAUCUUCAGUGCGCGAGCUCGAUAGUACCUGCAUCACCAUCAUUGGGAAGAGUGGACGUAUCGUGGUCGAUAAGCUAUCUUCCGAAGGACAAUUGGUGUCUUUGGCAACCUUCGAGACAGGCAUCGAAGGCCCAUCACUAUUCGCCGCGAGCACCGAAUUUGCUGCCAUUGUCUCCAACAGCGCGAACACACUGACGAUCGUGCAUCUCAACGAUGGCUACAUUGAGCACAACCAAGUGCUGAACAGGGAUGUGAUUGGACUUGAAGCUUUCAGCUCCGAUUCUGGUCAGAACUAUCUUGCAGUCGGAUAUGGUACUACCAUAGACGUCCUGGUUCAAGGAAGGUAUGAGCACUCAAGCUCCGAAGUGCCGACUUGGAUCUCAGUCAAGACGAUCUCCAUCGAAGGCACUGGGCUCGACGUCUCAGCUAUGGCGUGGCGUCCGAACGGCAGUCUCGCGGCCGCCGCUGGGAACGGCGUCUUCAUCGCGAGCUCCGAGAUCGAGAUAUCGAACUUAAGUAUCGGAAUUCAAGAAGCUCAUGUUCUCGAUCAGUCAUUGGCGAAGAAUUCCAGUCUGGCACACGUCGCAACGCAGAUGCAAAGUGCUCUCCCCGCUUGGCACCCUAGCCUACUGUCUCGCCUUGUCCAGCAGGGCCACCUUGGUGUUGUCGCCUCGAUCUUGGAAAAGCUGUCGCAAAAGCUGAAGUUCUGGGGUCCUGACGAAGAGCUCGACUCGACACUGGAUGAGCCGCUUACACGUCACAUGCGAGAAUCGUCUAGGCAGCAUCAAGUCCUCGGCGAGGAUACAGUCUCCGAUCUGAAGGAGCAAUUGGACAGCAAGAAUCUUCCUGCACUCUCGACUGUAGAGCAGCGGCGGCUAGGUCAUGUCAUAGACGCUGUUGCAGAUAUGAAUCAGCACGUUGGGACUCUGGACAAGAACGCACUACGUUAUCUGUUCAACUGGAAAUUGCAACUGCUCUACAACCAAGAGGACACAAGGAACGGAUCCGCAGAUGCAGGACAGACCAACGGCGCAGUUCAAUCACAAUUCGUGCCCAACAUGCCAUGGCGCGAAGUUGCCUUCGCCUACCACAGCACUACGCAGCAGGCUCUUCUUGACAUCUUACUGCUGCACCUGGACAACAAGAUCACUUGGCCUGCUGCACGCCGCCUUGGAAUUACAGCCUGGCUUUCCGACCGUACAGCUCUGGAGCAGAUCUUCGAGCAGAUCGCUCAGUCUGCCUAUCGUUCCGAGCAACCUCCCGACCCGGUCAACGCUUCGAUCUACUUCCUCGCACUUCACAAGAAGGCUACCUUGAUAGCGUUGUGGCGCAUUGCGACAUGGCAUCGGGAGCAGAAGUCGACGAUGAAUUUCUUGAAGAAGGACUUUGCUCAACCCGAGGCACGCACGGCGGCCAGGAAGAAUGCGUACGCGUUGAUGGGGAAGCGACGUUUCCAUUAUUCGGCUGCCUUCUUCCUGCUGGCAGACGAUGCAGCCAGUGCCGUCAGCAUUCUCGCGGGACAAUGCGAGGAUCCCGCUUUUGCGGUUGCUGUGGCACGUCUAUAUUGCGGCGACGGCUCGCCUGUACUCAGAACUCUGCUGGAAGAUCGAAUCAUGCCACAAGCGAAGAAGGACGGCAAUAGAUGGCUGUUGAGCUGGUGUCAUGAAGUCUUGCUCGAAAGAGACCAGGCGGCAGAGUCACUUAUCAUGCCGCUGGACGGCCCGAAAACAUGGCAGCAAGACGAUCCGAAUACGGUAUUGCUUUACCGCACCUUGCGCAAAGUAGCGUCGCCAUAUGAGUACAGUGCUGUGCUCAGAGCUGCCAGGAUCCUUCGGCGUAUGGGUCAGUGGCUGCUUGCCCUGAAUCUUGUUAGCACUUGGGAGUUCCGGAAAGAAGCGGAGCAACAGUCCAGCGCCAAUAGCGUCGGUCAGGCGGCUGGCAUCGGGACCGCGCAAGACGACGACAGUGCAUCCACUCCACAAGAGCCACCCUCGCUGCUGGACAGCUUCGCUGGUCCUACGCCUCCAGCCGAAAUCAACGCCGCAUCUAGCGAUGCCAACGACCGACAAGCAAAGGCGGCUGAACUGCUUAAGAAACUCAGGGCAAAGAAAGAGGCCGCAGCAAAACCUGUAAGCGAGAAGCCGAAACCACCACCGACGCAAUUCAAGGAGCCGGAUGCGAAUUCGUUGUUGGAUAGUUUUGGAUUUUGA